CCCCGUGCCCCGCACCCUGCCCGCCACCUGGGAGCCACCGAUGGAGCCCUUUCAAGACGCCGUGGUGCUCACGGAGGACCAGGGGCACCCAGCGCCCACCGACGUGUGCCCCCAUCCCGCCACGGCUCAGCUCGCCUGCAGCGCUGCGACGCUGGAAUCAGGCGCAGUGACAACGAGCGCAGACAUCCCGGAGGACAUCGCGGACAUCCAUGAUCUCCUGGCAUGGCUCAACGACGAAGUGACAUCCAAGACAGGCAUCCUGUACGACACCGCAGACAUUGAUGACCUGCUCACGUGGAUCAACAACGGUGAGUCUCUCUCUGAGGGGCAGCAGAGCUGGUGGGGGGGUGUCUGCACUGAGUGGGCGUGGGAAAGCCGGCAUUGCCCCGCUGGGGAUUUUCUGCCUUUUCCAGAAGAGGCACCCAGCACCGACAGACUUGACAACGACGUGGAAAUUGACAAUUUGCUCACCUGGAUUGACGAAGCGGCGAGUGCUCUGGAGGUCCCCCAGCACAACCAGGACCUGCCCGGUGUCACAAGAGAGGGGACCAAAGACACUGCGAACAGCUGCCAAAUGGAAGAGCUGAUGCAGUGCAUCACUGCCACGGAGCCACUGAGCCCAGAUGUCUCCAGCAGCCUCGACUCCUCUUCUUCCAGCACAGAGCACUCUGACUCCUCCAGGGCCAGCAGGGAGCUGAGCAAAGAGACACAACCUGAACCAGGGCUCCUCAGCAACUCGCUCUGGUGGCAGCCAGCAUCCCCUGAGCUGCCCGUUGACACAUUUGUCACCGACAGACUCCCCGUGGGUCCUGAGGUGGGCUGA